UCCCGGGCGCUGCUGCCUGCUUCGCUCUGCUUCUCGCUCUUCUCUCUUCACUGGAGAGUCGAACACUGGGAAGCUGCUCUCACAGACGGAGCCGGGAUGGGCUCUCUGACGGCCCUGCGGAUCGUCCUGGUCCUGGGCCUGGUGGCGAGACUGGCAGGAUGCGCUCCCGGCCUGAACGGCACGGCGGACCGCUGGGAAGCCCUUUACUCCCGGUCCCUCGCGCGAAUCCCGGGGGAGAAGCGGGAGGAGAGCGGCCGGGACAGCGACUACCUCCUGGGCAUUAAGAGGUUGAGGCGGCUCUAUUGCAACGUGGGGAUCGGUUUUCACAUUCAGGUGUUACCAGAUGGCAGAAUAACGGGAGUACACAACGAACAUCGUUACAGUCUCCUGCAGAUCUCUCCGGUGGAGAGAGGAGUGGUGACCUUGCUGGGCAUUCGCAGCGGACUUUUUGUGGCCAUGAACCGACGGGGAAAGCUGUACGGAUCUUUACAUUACAACAACGAGUGUAAGUUCAGAGAGACGCUCCUUGCCAACAACUACAAUGCUUACGAGUCAGUUGCCUACCCAAGGAUGUUCAUCGGCCUGAGUAAGAAUGGCAAAACAAAAAGAGGAAACAGAGUGUCACCCGCCAUGACAGUGACACAUUUCUUGCCAAGAAUCUACUGGCCUCAUAAAUAGACUUCACCUCAAUUUUGAGAUUAGGGAAGGACUCCAACAUGAGAUGCACUUUCACUCCAAGUUUUAUGCAAGUGUAUCAUAUUUGAUUUUCUGCUAUGUAUAUAUUCAUUUUUUAUAUAUCUGUGCCUAAAAGCUAUUUUCUAUUUAGGAAGUCUUUUUCACUGUUGGUAGUAGAUGUAAAAUGUGUUAUUUAUGCUGCUCUUGUCA